AUGUCUCAUGAAAUCAACGUGACCGCGAAGUCUCAACCUUAUACCGAGCCACCGAGUACGGCACCGGACGAAGAUACGAAGGCCACCAUAUGCCUAUGGAACGACGACCUGGUUCGGGAGAUCAUACGACACCUAUACGAUGUAGGGCAGAAGCGUAGCAUCGUCAACCUCGCGUGCACCUGCAAAGAUACCUCCGAGCCGGCACUAGACAUCCUUUGGAAAGAUAUGAAGUCACUGUUACCCUUGUUCAAGAUACUUCCAUGCGAGGAGUGGCGGAUCGACCGGAUAGAAGCGCGUCGUGGGAGGCAAGUGCGAUAUAUAUUCAAAUUGAUAGGUUCUCUCGAUAUCGAUCGCCAAUCUGAAGAACGCUUCUUACGCUAUGCUUGGCGCAUCAGAACGCUUGAAGUGGAAUACAGUAACUUCAUCCCGGUUUUUCUCACCGAUGAAGUGAUGUCACGCAUCUUCAGCAAGUGGUCGUUACCCUAUGGCCUACUUCCGCAACUUCGUGCUCUGGAAUGGCACCAACUAGACAAGCAGUCUUUCGCUUCAGUUACGAAACUACCUGGCCGUCUCCUGAAGAAGCUGAAGCUAAGCGGCAACACGCAGAAUUUGACAGAGGUACUCACGAAUAUCCUCCCGCGUUUACCCGAGCUUGAGCAGCUCCACAUUACGGCCAACAUAGAUGGAGCAAGAUUCGUCGCUUCGUCGCUUACAGAGCAUAUGGCGAAGCUUCGAGUCUUGUCUCUGAGAAGACAAAGCCUCCUUCCCAGUGAUGCCCUUAUCCUUGCAAUGUUGCCUUCGUUGAACCAAUUAUCCCUCUAUGUGGAUCCUGAUGGCCUCCGUACACCGCUAGCCCGAAUGGACAACGGAUUCCCGGCGCUGCAACACCUCCGGAUAAUGUCGAAGCAGGUUGGCGAGCAUAUCGAUGCGUUCAUCAGUGCCAUCACGUCUCCGCUGAUUGAGAUCGCUCUCCACGUCGAUGUAUGUCCCCUGGAGGAGGAUCUCCACAAAUACUUCCAAUUUCUCGCUGGCACUCCGUUCACUCUGGUGAACGUUGAAUUCCAAACCAUUGGAUCUAUAACGAGCUAUCAUGAACAUAUAGCUGGUUCCGAACUGCAGUCCUACAAGAUCACUUCAGCUACGUUAGAACCGGCUCUAUCCAUAACGAGUCUCACGUCCCUCAAGAUUCGCACUCGACAUCUCGAAAUCAACGUGGGCUUCCUGAUCAAUGUUUCGUCUGUGCUUCCGCACAUCAAAGAACUGUGCUUGAUGCACGGAAGCGAUACUGAAUCCUGCAGUUUUGUUCCACUGUCGGGCCUAAUUCCUUUGGCGCGGCACUGCCCCGAUCUCGAGAUGAUCGCACUGGACAUCACUGCGAACGAUGAGGAGAUCGGCCCUCUGCCGGAUCCUGAGUUGUUUCAAUCCCGUUGGCUGGAUUUACACGUUGGUCCGGGGUACAACGAGAACCCCCAGUUUGUCCUGGAUUAUUUGCUGCGUAUAUUCCCUGGACUGAGGAGACUGAGCAUCGAGGGUGAGGACGCACUGGCGACUGAAGCACAGGGAAGCGAGAGUUGGCGAAUCAACUGGCAGGAAGUACGCACCUCUUUGAUAAGUUGA